CGUUUGCGAAAAACUCAAAAACGUGAAAUUAACCCUAGUUUUCAGUGCCGGGUGUUGAAAAGCCGAUUUGAAUGAUCAAUUUAAACGUUUUUUAACGAAGCGAAAAACAUUGUUUGGGUAGUCAUUUGUCAAAAGUAAUUCCGUUUUGUAAUAUUUGAAAUCAACAUGGGGAUUACUUGGGAGGAAUUUUCCGAACUUAUACUUGAUCCUUUCAUUCAUGUGAUAAGCGAAGCGGCAUUUUCUCUUUUUUUGAAUAUGCUGUUUUCUGCAGUUGUCUACCGAACUACACCGAGGUAUUUCACCUCACUUGCUUGUUAUUUUGGAUUUUGCCACUUGUUUUUUCUUGUCCCGAUUGAUUUGUGCAAGUUUUCUCUCUGUACUAUUUAUCUGUUUGUGGCUUUUUACUUGCUCUCACUAACGUUUCAAAAACUGAUGGGUUGGAAAUACGAGAACACGUUGAAGUUUUUUGUAUUUCUCAAUACUUUGUAUUGUUUCAGAAAUUACAAAAAUAAGGACAACAUUGAUGAUUUCAUUUUGACUUACAUCGUUUUAACAGGGAAACUUUUUUGCGCCGUUGACUCUUUCAAGAAACCGAGUUUCAAACUGUUGCAGAUUUUCACACUAUUGUCAUACUUAACAUACGCACCGUGGGUUUCUUUUAAAGAUUUUUUGUUAAUGCCUAUGAAUAAACAACGGCUUAAGAACGCGGAUUGGUGGCUUAGAAUGACGUCAGCCACCCCACAUGCCAUCAUUUUCAAAAUUUUAUCACACAAUAUGUUGGAUUUGUACUACAACACAGCUUCUAACUGGUUGCUUCCCAUAGUUUAUUCCAUAAUCCAUGGUUUCCAAUACAGAUGCAGAUACUAUUUCCAUGCUCAAAUUGUCGAACUGCAGCUACUAGCAGCCGGCGUUCAGGCAAGAGCACCGUUCAGCGUAUACAAAAAACGACUAACACACUCCACCUACAAGAACAUGAACUGGUUAACACCAUACAUUUUCGAUUUAAAAAUGGCAGAAUCAUCCACUACCGUCAUGAGCUUCUUGAAACGAUUCAACAAACCGUUGACCGCUUUUCUCUAUAAAAAACUGGGAAAACGUCGCAACAAAUCAAACAAAGACACCGUUUUUCCCCAUUCCAUGUUAAUUUUAGUAUUAAUAGGUUCUUAUAAUUUCGAUUAUUCCGUUUUAAGUGCUGGUUUUCUGGGUGGAGUAAUGUUCCAAGAAGAAGUUUUUGAAAAUUAUGAGGAACUGUACGGAUUUUGUCUACACAAAUGCGCUACACCAUUCUGUAGACAUGCCCUGUUUCGACGAAGUAUGUUAUUUUAUUUUGUUAACGGCGUUCUUUUAUUUCAUAACCAGUUUCGUUUGUCUCUUGUUUUUGUUCGUCAUGAGUUAAUGGUACUUUCGUCGUUCGUUUGUAACAAUUAUGUUGUGCUAACUGAUCUCAGUACUUUGAUUUUGAAUUGGUUCGUACAUGAAUUUAUACUAUUUGUGUUUGUUUAUAUAACUCAUGUUUGUAGAAGGGGCAGACGCCAUUUUUGAGUUUUUAAGUAUUU